AUGAGCGGUGCUGGCCGGAAAUGGGACCGGAGAGACAACAGAACGUCAAAGAAGCAGAAAUUGAUUAAGAACGCUGAGGAAGAACUUGAAGCAAAGCUAGGGUUUGAUCUUUUCUCAGAAGGGGAAAAGCGACUUGGAUGGUUACUCACCUUUUCAACUUCAUCUUAUGAAGAUGAGGAUACCCACAAAGCCUACAGUUGCGUUGAUCUUUACUUUGUCACACAGGAUGGGUCUUCAUUCAAGACAAAAUACAGAUUUCGCCCUUAUUUCUAUGUAGCUACAAAGAAUAAAAUGGAGAUGGAUGUUGAUGCAUAUCUGAGACGACGUUAUGAAGGCCAGAUUGCAGAUAUCAAAAUUGUAGAAAAGGAAGAUCUGGAUCUUAAAAACCAUUUGUCUGGAUUAAGAAAAUCUUAUUUAAAGAUUUCAUUUGAUACCGUGCAACAACUGAUGAAUGUGAAGAGUGACCUGAUGCAUGUUGUUGAAAGAAAUAAGGCGAAGUCUGAUGCUGCAGAAGCCUAUGAGUCCAUAUUAUCGGGGAGAAGCAGAGAACAAAAACUUCAAGAUUUUCUAGAUUGCAUAAUUGAUCUUCGUGAAUAUGACGUUCCUUACCAUGUUCGCUUUGCUAUUGACAACGAUAUACGGUGUGGCCUGUGGUAUGAUGUUGCCGUGUCCACUGAUGGAGUUACACUUGAGAGAAGGACAGAUCUUCUGCAGCGUGCUGAAGUUCGUGUUUGUGCAUUUGAUAUCGAGACUACAAAACUUCCGUUGAAGUUUCCUGAUGCUGACUAUGAUUCAGUUAUGAUGAUUUCAUAUAUGGUAGAUAGGCAAGGGUAUUUAAUCAUAAAUAGAGAGUGUGUUGGGGAUGAUAUAGAGGAUUUAGAGUUCACUCCAAAACCAGAGUUUGAAGGGUGUUUUAAGGUGACAAAUGUUCAAAAUGAGAUUGAGCUUCUUAGAACAUGGUUUUCUCAUAUGCAAGAGGUGAAACCUGGUAUCUAUGUGACAUAUAAUGGUGAUUUCUUUGACUGGCCAUUCCUGGAACGACGGGCAGCCCAUCACGGGUUGAAAAUGAGUGAUGAACUGGGGUUUCAAUGUGACAUGAAUCAAGGGGAAUGUCGUGCUAAAUUUGCUCCUCAUUUAGAUUGCUUUGCAUGGGUUAAACGUGACAGUUAUCUUCCUCAGGGGAGCCAAGGCCUCAAGGCUGUAACAAAAGCCAAGUUGGGAUAUGAUCCAGAGGAGGUGAACCCUGAGGACAUGGUACGCUUUGCAAAGGAAAAGCCUCAGAUGAUGGCCUCCUAUUCUGUUUCUGAUGCAGUGUCAACGUAUUACCUAUAUACAACUUAUGUUCAUCCCUUUAUUUUCUCUCUUGCCACUAUCAUUCCCAUGUCACCAGAUGAGGUUUUGCGCAAAGGCAGCGGGACCCUCUGUGAAAUGUUGCUUAUGGUCCAGUCAUACGAGGCUAAUGUUAUCUGUCCUAACAAGCACCAAUCUGAUCCGGAGAAGUUUUAUAAGAAUCAUCUUCUUGAGAGUGAGACGUAUAUAGGUGGCCAUGUUGAAUGCCUAGAAAGUGGUGUAUUUAGAUCUGAUAUUCCAUGUAAUUUUACACUCGAGCCAUCUGCCUUUGAGCAAUUGAUCAACAAUCUUGACCGAGAUCUACAAUAUGCUAUAAGAGUAGAGGGUAAGAUGGAUUUGGAAUCUGUCUCAAAUUAUGAUGAAGUGAAGGAUGCUAUCAUGGAAAAGCUUGUAAAAUUACGAGAUUCACCAAUACGUGAUGAAUGCCCCCUCAUUUAUCAUUUGGAUGUAGCUGCGAUGUAUCCAAACAUAAUUUUAACAAACCGACUUCAGCCUCCGUCAAUUGUUACGGACGAGAUUUGCACUGCAUGUGACUUUAACCGCCCCGGAAAGACUUGUCUGCGCAAGCUUGAAUGGGUUUGGCGUGGAGAAACAUUCACAGCAAAGAAAAGUGACUAUUAUCAUCUGAAGAAGCAAAUUGAGUCAGAGUUUGUCGAUGGAGUAAAUGAAAGGUCAACAAAAUCGUUUCUUGACCUGCCCAAAGCUGAGCAACAAUUAAGACUAAAAGAGCGUUUAAAAAAAUACUGCCAAAAGGCAUAUAAACGGGUACUUGACAAACCAGUUACAGAACUCCGUGAAGCUGGAAUCUGCAUGCGUGAAAAUCCAUUUUAUGUUGACACUGUUCGCAGUUUCCGGGAUAGGAGAUAUGAAUAUAAAGGCCUUAACAAGGUUUGGAAAGGAAAACUAUCAGAUGCCAAGGCCAGUGGAAAUUCUAUGAAGAUCCAGGAAGCACAAGACAUGGUAGUGCUUUAUGAUUCAUUGCAACUUGCUCACAAGUGUAUUCUUAAUUCCUUUUAUGGAUACGUAAUGCGAAAGGGUGCAAGAUGGUACUCCAUGGAAAUGGCUGGUGUUGUCACAUAUACUGGUGCUAAAAUAAUUCAAAAUGCCCGUUUGCUGGUAGAGAAAAUAGGAAAACCACUUGAACUAGACACUGAUGGUAUCUGGUGUUGCCUUCCUGGAUCGUUUCCAGAAAAUUUCACUUUUAAAACAAUAGACUCAAAAAGGAAGCUGACAAUCUCAUACCCUUGUGUUAUGCUUAAUGUUGAUGUGGCAAUAAAUAAUACAAACGAUCAGUACCAGACGCUCACAGAUCCAAAUAGGAAAACUUAUACAACUCAUAGUGAAUGCUCUAUUGAAUUUGAGGUCGAUGGACCAUACAAGGCAAUGAUCAUACCUGCUUCCAAGGAGGAAGGAAUUUUAAUUAAGAAGCGAUACGCUGUUUUUAAUGACGAUGGAACUCUUGCAGAGCUCAAAGGUUUUGAGAUCAAGCGCAGAGGUGAACUGAAGCUAAUCAAAGUUUUCCAGGCUGAGCUUUUUGACAAUUUUCUUCACGGCUCAACCUUAAAGGAAUGCUAUUCAGAAGUCGCUAUAGUGGCAAAUCGCUGGCUUGAUCUUCUUGAUACCCAAGGAAAAGAUAUUGCAGAUAGCGAGUUGCUUGAUUAUAUAUCAGAAUCAAGUACCAUGAGCAAGUCUUUAGCGGAAUAUGGUCAGCAGAAGUCUUGUGCUGUUACCACUGCUAAACGUCUUGCUGAUUUUCUUGGUGAUACAAUGGUCAAAGAUAAAGGUCUUCGAUGUCAAUACAUAGUAGCAAGUGAACCUAAGGGAACACCUGUAAGUGAGCGUGCUGUUCCUGUGGCAAUAUUUCAAACUGAUGCUGAAGUAAUGAAGUUCUAUGUCCGAAAAUGGUGCAAGGUCUCAUCAGAUGUUGGCAUUCGCUCUAUAAUUGACUGGUCCUAUUACAAGCAGCGGCUUAGUUCUGCAAUUCAAAAGAUUAUCACUAUUCCUGCUGCAAUGCAAAAGGUUGCAAAUCCUGUCCCUAGGGUUGUUCAUCCUGAUUGGUUGCAUAAGAAGGUCCGUGAGAAGGAGGACAAGUUUCGCCAAAGAAAAAUAGACGAUACCUUUAAGUCAAUGAUCAAGAACGAGAGCUCAAAAAAACAUAAUGAUUCUAAAGGUGUCCACAACAUUAUGAUUGAUGAGAGUGUUAAUGACUUGGAGGACUUUGGAAACAAGGGCAGGAGUUCUACAGGACCUAGACCAAUUAUACGGCAUUACGAAGCUAACAAUGAACAGCAUUCAGAGAAGUUCAAUGGUCCAGAAGAUUUAGAGCAACAACCUAUUGACAGGAGUAACAUAGUUCAUCCACUUUCACUACAAAAUGAAAUAUCAUGUGAAAAUAUCGACAGAACUGUAGAUUAUCAAGGAUGGCUUCAAAUGAAAAAGAGAAAGUGGAAAAAUAUGCUGGGAAUGAGAAAGAAGCAAAGGUUGGAGAAUUCGAAGAGAUCUGACCAUUUAAAUGGCAGUCUUGAACAAACCAGUGGUAAGUCGAAUCACGGCAAAAGUAAUGUCAGUUCAUAUUUUAGAAGGCAUGAGGUAGCCUUAACAAGGUGCCACUGGCAGAUAAUACAACUGGUCUACAGUACACAAGCUGGCCAAUUUUUUGCUUGGGUUGUUGUUGACGGAAUUAUGCUCAAGAUUCCUAUGUCUGUUCCUAGAGUCUUUUACCUUAACUCUAGAUCACCAACCGAAGAAUUUUCCGGCAAACGUGUCAACAAGACUCUUCCUCAUGGAAGACAUAGCUAUAACCUGUUUGAGGUCACAAUUAAUGAAAUACAAUAUAAAGAAGAAAGCAAAAAACUUGCUGCUCUUCUAGCAGAUCCUGAUGUUGAGGGAAUAUAUGAAACCAAGGUGCCACUAGAGUUCAACGCUAUAGUCCAACUUGGUUGUGUUUGUAAGGUGGAUAAAACUGCUAAAAAACGUAGCAUACAAGAGCCAUGGAGUUUGAGUGAAUUGCACAUGAAGACCACAACUGAAUGUGCUUAUCUUGAACAAUCAAUACCUUUUUUUUACUUAUACCACAGCAUCUCAGAGGGACGGGCUAUAUAUGUUGGAUAUUUUCCUGGGUCACAUGCAAUAACUUUUGUGGUAGUUAAUCCCUACCAAAACAAGGACAUAUCACCAAUUUUUCUCGAAAGACAAUUCCGCGAUGCUUGCAGAGCUUUGUCUAUUGAGCCAGCUUUGGGGAAUGGCAUUACUUUUAAUGUGGAAUAUGUUGCACUUGUCAAGGAUGCUGAAGCAGUAUUGCAAAGCGCAAUAAAUGAUCACAGGAGUGAACAUCACGGGCCUAUGGUUGCUGUCAUUGAAUGCCCUGAUGUUCAAAUAUUAAAACAGGGCAUUCGAGCUCUAGAUGAUUUUCCAUGCCUGAGUAUUCCUUCUAAUGCACGUGAUAGUCAGUAUCAGAUUCUUGGAUGGCAACAAGUUGCUGCGAAACUUGGAAUGCAACGAUGUGCAGCAUCGGUCCAGUGGCUCAAUGAGAGAAUUGCUUUAUCAAGAUAUGCCCAUGUACCUCUGGGGAACUUUGCAUUUGACUGGCUUAUGUUUACAGUGGAUACCUUCUUUUCUAGAGCACUGCGUGAUAAUCAACAGGUACUUUGGAUAUCUGAUGAUGGUUAUCCAGAUUUGGGAGGCAACAAUGGUGAAGAGAACUGUUUUUUAGACGAGGUGCAACAACCCGUUUGUACGUUUCCUGGAGCUUAUAGAAAAGUUACCAUAGAGCUAAAGAUACACCACUUGGCUGUAGACGCCCUUUUAAAAUGCAACCAAGUUAAUGAUAUGGAAGGAGAUGCAGUCACAUCUGGAAAUGUUUAUGCUGAUGCAAUAUUGCAACAUCUGUAUAGAUGGAUUUGCAGCCCUCAAUCAAAGCUUCAUGAUCCUGCUCUUCACCAGCUACUCCACAAGGUCAUGCAAAAGGUCUUUGCAUUGUUGUUGGCAGAGUUCCGCAAGUUGGGCGCAACCAUUGUAUUUGCGAACUUCUCCAAGAUUAUUAUUGACACGGGAAAAUAUGAUUUGUCUACAGCCAAAGCAUACUGUGAUAGUUUGUUAAAAACUAUACAAUCUAGAGACCUAUUCGAGUGGAUUGAGCUUGAGCCACAGCAGUUCUGGUGCUCAUUACUAUUCAUGGACCAGUAUAACUACGGUGGAAUACCAGCAAAAUCCGACGAAGCUAUGAAUGAUGAAUCUCAAGUUGACAUAAUAUCCAGUUGGAAUAUUGCUGAAUACUUGCCAAAAAAAAUCCAAGACCAUUAUGUGUUCAUAGUUUCUCAAUUCAUGUAUAUUCCUUGGAACUAUACACGAAAACAAUCAGCGAUCAGGGCUUCCGCGCAGAAUGGAGACUCCUGUACCCCGUCAAUUAAUAUUGGAGCUGCAGAGGUUUUCGAAUCAGAAAUAACUGGAUAUAUUAAAGAGCAGAUAAGCUCUUAUUUCACUGACAAACUCCUUGGAGUUGUUCGUGAUAUUGUUCUUCAUAUGAAGGGGGCGGGUAGAUCAGAAGCCGACCAGAGUACAUCAGCUGGCCUUCCACAGCUUAUGGGUGAUCAACCUAGGGGGGAUGCAGCCUUGGAGUUUAUCAAGCAUGUCUGUGCGGUCCUUGCCCUCGACCAAAGUGUGCAGCAUGAUGUUUAUGUCAUGAGGAAAAAUUUGUUAAAAUUUGUCCGCGUCAGAGAGUUUGCUCCAGAAGCAGAGUUUCAUGAUCCUUGUCAAUCCUUCAUAUUACCCAAUGUCAUCUGCAGCUAUUGUAAUGACUGUAGAGAUUUGGACUUGUGCCGUGAUCCGUCUUUAUUGACCGAAGAGUGGCAUUGUGCUGUACCUCAGUGUGGCCAGCCUUAUGACCGUGAGGAGAUGGAGAAGGCUCUUCUUCUGAUUGCACGACAAAGGGAGCGGCAAUACCACGAGCAAGAUCUGGUGUGUGUCAGGUGCAACGAGGUGAAAGCUGCACAUUUGGCUGAGCAAUGUACAUGUGCAGGCUCAUAUAAAUGCAAAGAAGAUGCGGCGGAAUUUCGUAAAAAGAUGCGAGUUAUCUACAGCAUAGCUUCUCGUCAGAAAUUUCAACUUCUUGAAGAAUGUACUGCCUGGUUGUUAGAACUUAAAAUUUAA